AUGUCGCCGCUCAUAUUUACGUUCUGUGUUUUGAGCACCUGUGCGUUGUGCUCAAUCCUUGCCUUCGCUGAGAUGGAUGAAUCUGCGCAAGGUAUGAAACUUUCUAGUUUACUUGAAAAUUUCGCUCCCGCAAAAAUCGGUUCAAAUGUUUGCUUGAAAGAAUGGAAAUCGUAGAAAGUUAUUUUGAAAUAUUUGAGUAGAUUUCAUCGUGUUUGCUGAAAAUUCGGAUGUAUUAAAAUGAUCUGCGUCUAUUAAAUACGGUAAGAGGAAUUACAGUUUGAAUUUUAUUCCACAUUAGAAAGGCCGCGUCUUGUGUGCCAUCGUGAAAUUUGCUCGAAUUGUCUCGGUAUUUCUCAAUGUAGUUAUUCACUGUUACGGCGGCUUUCAAAGAACUUCAUUAGGCCAUUUUUAUUCUAUUAACAAUUUCUGUUCUUGUGCCGAAAAAUAAUUGAAUUUCGCAAUGAAAUGUUUGAGCGUCGCCUGAAGGAAGAAUUUAACCUUUUCAUUUUAAUAUUACUGAUAUGAUGACCCCCUGGUAUUCGGAGGUUUUUGAUUUUUAAAACAUAUACACUACGAGACAGAAAUAAACAUCGAGUGAAGGUUUUUCUUCAAUUUUUAAUGAUGCGAAAACGUGUUCAAAGUUGCUAAGAUUGGAACGUCCAGGGCUGAAUGUUAUUGAUCAGCUUUUUUCCCAGCAAGUCGAAAUUUAUAAAUAGCCACAGUAUGGAAUCAAAACAUUUUCCGUUUUGCGUUAUGAGAGAUUCGAAAUGUUAAAGAAAAGAAAGAUUGUGAUUACAACAAAAAAACGUCCAGUGGUGUUAGUGAAAAAAUCAAUUCUUUCAUUCCUUUGUUUCGAGAGUUAAUUUCACUGAAAGUCGCACCAUCUUCGCAACUUCUUUGCUUUUUCAUUAUCAUUCAAAAUUUUAAAUUGGCAUAUGCCAUGUUCAACAUUGUGUUCCUCUCAAAUCAAAGCAUGUUCUUGCUUCUUAAAUCAUCUGUGUACGCGGUAGUUACACGUGCAUUUUAUGUGUGUUAAUGUUUUCAUGUAAAAAUCUUCAAGAGAGUAGAUAUCACUUUCAUUUUGCAAAUGAAACAAAUUCCAUAUCGGACUUCUCCCUUGGUGGUUUAGGAAUAUAACCAAUUUGCACGAGUGGCAGAAAGAAACAAUUAAUUUAAUAACGUGUCUUCUUUGGUUGGCUCUCCUUAGAGUCUUUAAUCCUGAUUUUCCGUCUAGGACUCUUGGGUGGUAAUUUUUAUGAAUAUAAAACUUCAAGUAAUUUUUUUGUUGAAAUGCAUUCGAAAAUUCCCAAAUAGAUUUCGAAAUACAUAUGUGCAUUUUUUGAAAAUCCAACUGUUCGCCGGUUAAAUCAAAAAAUGUUCCAGUAUGCUAUGUAUUGUUAAGUCUUAUUUCGAAAUAAACUUUAUAAUUCUAAAUGACAGGCUUUGGAAUUUAAAUAAAUUUGAUUAAUUAUAGGCAAGAUAAUGAAUAAUAAAGAGAGAAUUCGAGAGAGCUCUCGUUUUGUGUUGUGUAUUUUGAAGAAAGCUAUAACGACUUUUAGGGAUGAACUUCAAACAUUGUUCUCUCACCGAACGAAUUUCGUAAAUUAAAACGGAAUUGUUCAUUGUUGUAAAAUUUUUCACUUAAAACUGUGCGUUCAUCUACAACGGAGCUUGAAAAGCCUUUCACAGCCUGGAUACCCCAAUAGAAAGCUAAAGAACGUAUGACGUGUUACCAACUGAGCGUUUGAUUUUUUUAUAGAUAGAAGAACCAUAAGUGCUUUUUGCUGAAUUCUUUAUCCACAUGCUAAUUACAAACGCUCAAAUGCAACCUACUAUGAAGCUGUUUUCAGGUGGAAACGUAGUUUUCAUAAUUGAUGGCCUUAGAUACAAGCUGGUGCUAAUUUCGUUUCAUAAUCAUCCUUGUGACCCUAGUUACGUAUUGACACUUUCGAUGUUCACCAGGCGCAAGUUUGUUUUACCAAUUGGAAAUUUUUUUUCAAUCCCGAAAGCUAAGUUUCUUGAACUAACCUUAAAAUGAUUAUAUUGACAUGAGUGUCUGCCGAAAUUUCGAGGAAAUUCCCUAAUCAUGAAAGUUAAAUUUAACAAGAAGGCAAGAACGACAUCGGUGUUAAGUAAUAUGCUGUCAUGAAAGCGGGAUAACAAGCCAUAAAUGAGAAACCUGCGUAUUUUGCAUUAAUAGAGAUAAUAUUAGCUUUUUUAUAGCCGGGGUUUUCUUCAACUUGUUUGAUGUAAAAGCCGGCCGCCAAUUGACGUGCAAAGCUGUCAACUAACGUUAAAAAGCUAACGAGCAAGAAAAUGCAAAACGAUGUGUUUAUGAUCCACCAAUCCACCAAAACGUCUUUAGGCAAAUAAAACAUCAUGUAUUUUGUAAGGAAAUUUCAACACUGCUAUAAACUCAAGAUAACAACAUUUGAAAUUCAUCUAAAAAUUCUUAUAAGAUUUCCCAGGGCCAAAAUCCGGGUUGAACAAAGUUUACUUGUGUUUUUUUUUUUUUUUUUUUUUUUUUUAACAUGUAAUUUAUGGUUUGUUUAUUUUGCUUUGUCAUUUUUCCGUGUUUUAUUGUUCAUUUCCUUCACGGCGAAGUGACAUCUUAAUUCAUCUCCCGUUGAGACCAUAACCCAGAUAUCUUAUCAAAUUUACACGAAAUCUUUGAAAUCACCGUCAACAUGGCGUCCGCAUUAAGCGUCAUGCGAUACCAAGGUUAAUGUCGGAAGCAAGCUAUUAGAUUGUUUAGUCUUUCUGUAAACUUUACGUCAGACAAUCUGAAAUGUGCUGGAAUACCUGCUGGCUAAAUUGAAUUUCAGUUAUAGCAGAUCACGCAUUGCGUCGUGUGAUGAAGACAAGUUUCAGCUAGUGCUGAGUUUGAUUAGCAGGUUAUCUCCAAAAAUUUCAUUGUAUCCUAUGUUCUAUUAAGGACUUUUAAUGUCUCUUUAUAAGAACUGACCUAAAAAAAUCACUAGUUUUAAGAAUUGUUGAGGUAACUAAUUAAACAGCGAGAUGAAAAUGCAUUUUCAAAUCAUAUGUUUAAAGGGGAGAUAGUGUUUUAUGUUUAACAUAAUAACACAUCAGGCUUUUAUCAGGGGUCUCCAUUGUAAUACUAAUGGUUUUGUUUGAUCGUCAGUCUAAAAAGAGAAACGUUCACUGCAUUUUAAUUUUUUGGCGUAACAGUCAAAGGUUUGGCGAACACGGCUUAUGGAUGGCAAUGCAAAAGUACCUAUUUUAUAAAACGUCUUUAAAUCAAAGAUCCUUAAAGAAAGAGGUACCACUUUCUCGAUUACUGAGAUAGGUUCAUGCGUAGAAUUAAUAUCCGUAUUUCAGCUUUUCUCUUCAUAAAUAUGCCGCCAGCGAUUUUUGAUUACUUAAAGAUCAUUAUCGGCUGAUAUUUAAUCGAAUCAUUCAAAAAGGAUGGUUAAUAAAAAUUAUUUUAUUUUACGAGUUUUAUGGCGUUGCAUUGACUUUUAUUUUUUCAUACUUUGAGUCCUAAAAUAAAACGUUACGAUAAUUUAGUAUGUAUAAAAGAAUUUAAAACUUAGUUUAUUUCCAAUCUCAGAUUUACGGUGUCUAUUUUUUCUGAUCUAGAAUCUGUUAUUUGUGUCUUUGACAGGUCAAAGGUUAUUGCUUUAAAAUUUACCCUCCUUUCCAAAGCCCAAUGUAUUUACCCCAGAUUAGCUCUGCCAUUUUUAACUUAAAAAUACUAUUUUUGAGCUUUCAUUAACCCUUAUUUUGACAAAUUUUUCUUUAACCACUAACCUCUAAUUACUUUUACCCUCUGAAUAUUUUAUAAAAAUAAAUGAAGAGCCCUUCUUUUGCUCAGUUCUAUGGAGAAUGUUUUGCGAUUGAGUGAGAUAUUGGAAGAUACAAUGGUAACGAUUGAUUGAAAACUGAAAAGCGAGCCUCAUCUGUGGUUUUAAACUUUAAUUAAAACCACAAUUUGGGGUAAGACGCGAUGUAAAAGGAGCGGAUUGGAGAUUCAUUGUUUUGGCGAAAAGCUUUACGAAACAGCAACACAAUUUAUUCCUUAUUUUACAAGUGAAAAUUUAGGUGUCUCCUCCGUUUCAUUCCACUCGAUGUUGCUUUAGGAACUUUCAUUUCUAGAGAAUAUUUUUUGGCAAUUUUUGUCACACGCGACAAACACUUGACACAUGGUGUUUUGUAUAUGUAAGACUAAAAUCUGUUCGGCAAGUCGCCGUGAACGACAUAUACAUAGAACACUUUGUCCUAUUUUAAAACUAGGCUUCAACUCGCCAAUUUGUACAAUCACUAAUAAAUUGUAAAAAUUUUGCACGGUUUUUGAAAGGCACAUGAAAGGCGAACAAAGAUCGUCCCUUGCACAUGUUGGAACAAACGCCUUUGGUUCAAGAGAGGUAGAUUAUCUAACGCAACAAGUGCUCUUAGUAACAUUUGUCUUGGACACAGCUUUUCGACCGGUUUUUCGAGUAAUUUAGACCAAGCUACUGUCAAAACAUCUGUGAAAAUGAGGAAAUGUCCUCGUUCUCAAUCGAAGGUUUGGCCACUAAGUCUAACGUGUGCAACAUGCGCUGUAGGUGUAUUAAAGCUUAAAGCUCUUUUCGAUUGGGUGUCGUAAAACCAAAACCAAAGUAAUCAUUGACGAAAACCAAUUAAAUGAAGGAAAAUACCUUUAAAAGCCAAUGAGAACUCUAAGUAAAAACAACCAAACUGCUCAAAGCGCGGGAAAACGCUGGCCACCAAGUCGUGUUGUGAUUAAAUUGUGUUUUGCAGCUGAUUGGUCAAGAAAGUGGAGCGAUGGUUCUCUAAACCAAUCACAGAAAAGAGUAAAGAAAAAUAAAAGCAAUCCCAGAUUACUUUAUUUUCAAUUGAAAACUGUCCCAAAAUGUCACAUAUUAAAGACAUUUCACGUAUGUUGAAAAAAAACAAUGCAUGAAUUAUCUUUUUUAUUUUUUUUGGUAGAACACCAUGGUAACCUUACUCAAGAACAAAGAUUGUUAGAUCAUCUGCUUCAGAACUACAGGACCCGCAGACUUAUCCGUCCUGUAAAGGAUCUCUCCAAACCAAUUGUCAUCGAUUUCAGUGCUGAGUUAGUUGGCGUAGCUAAAGUGGUAAGAAAAAUGUACAAAUUUAAAAAGGAGCUUGAAAAAAAAUAUUACUCCUUCGGAUGCGAAUGCGAAAAAUUAGGCUGAGCUCAAAUCCGAGCCAUGUGUUAUGCUGGUCAGCGAAUCUCAGUUUACAGUUCAAAAUGUUUCCGAAAUGAAAUUAUGUUGCUAUGGUAACGUAUUUAGACACGAGGAUGGUCACGAUGCUUAGCCCGGCACUAAUUUGAUGAAUAUCUUGAAUUAUGCAGGACGAAAAAGAACAGAUAAUUAAGACUCACUUUUGGAUUCGCCUGGUAAGUCUGUCCCUUCCUUGCUUGAUAUUUGCCCAGCAUGAACAAAUAAUAAUUAUGAAUAUUAUAGUAAGUUUGUUGUGCUCUAGUAAUGUACUCUUGCAGUUUUGUAGCAUUGUGAUUAUGUAAUUUUGUACAACAAGAAAAUUAUAAAAAAAUUAUUUAUAAAUACGACUCUUUGAUGCAAAACCUGUUUAAAUAAACUGUAAUUAAACGAUCAGACUUGCUGAUGCUUCUGUUGUCGUUUACUGUUGAUUUUUUUAUCGAGUGACAGCUUUGGACGAUUGUUCUCGAUAAGUUAUCGACUAACCAUUUAUCGCUGAAUUGUCUAACCAAUGUAGUGCGGGGAUGCCCUGCUAUUCGGUAACGCCAUGUUCAAGUCAUUUUUUUUUUAAGAAUAACGCCAAGCUUUUCUUCGCAGGACUGGAACAAUCCUUAUAUGACGUGGAAACCACAGGAUUACGGAGGAAACAAGGUGAUGAACAUUCCUCCCGAAAUGCUUUGGGUACCUGACAUCGUUUUGUACAACAAGUAAGCCUCGCUUUGAUGACGUCUUGAAUGAGUUACUGUAUUUGUGCCUCGAUGAAUUAUGAGGGUAAACUGUGGUGCUGCGUCGGUGAGAGGGUACAGCAAGGUAAUUUGGUUUUACCAACUCGGUUGAAAACUGGAAGUGGCCACCGUAAAGGGUUUCUUUCGCCGAGAGAGGGUUAACGCUCGGAACGUUAGCUUUAUAGCUUUUAACAUGAGGUGGCCAAUUUACGUAAUCAAAUCAGUUGAUAAAACCAAAUUACCUUGUAUUUGAACUCGUCUGUCUGGCGUCAAUUUCGGUCCGUCUGUGUGUAUGGUGUCUUUAAUUUGUACUUUUCCGUCUAAUGUAUCGGUCUGUCGGUAGCCUGGGCUGUUUUUUGAUUUACCUUCGACCAGUCUGUGUUGAUGUCAGUCAUCCUUUAUUUAUCUGUUUGUCGGUUUGCAGCACGCAUUAAUGUCUUUCCGUCUUUCUUUCUUCUUCCUCUUAACUAUCUGUAUCUCUUUCUAUCAGUCCACUGGUCAUUCUGGAUUUCAUUGGGUCACCUGCCAUUGAGAGUUUCUUCUUAAGAAACUACAAACACAUUCAUAACCACUAGCCUGGGACAACCUGUGUGUAAACACAGUGUGAAGAGACAUCUCUGAAAUUACUAUGGCUUGCUUUGAAAAAAAACUUAAUUCUACGGAAGCCUUUGGAUUAGCUCUCAUGAACCAUCUUGUUAUGUGUUUGAAUAUCGAAAUAUAUCAUAUCUACACACGGCUUGCAGUGUUGCAACAAGUACCGGUAAAACUCGAUAAUUGACAGUUAUUUCUCAGAUCUCCUUUCAAUUCAAACUUUUCUUUCCUAGGGAUUCCUCUUCUGAUUUUCAGCUUCCAUCCUUAAAAAGGUAAAAAUAGCAAGUAAUCCCUCUAAAUCGACAAUUCUGACCAGUUAAACGAUUUUUAUCCCUCUUCUCAGCGCUGAUGAUCGACUCAGCUUAAAAGCAACAUCCGGGUUCACAACGAGCGUCAAGGUCCGCCAUGAUGGAAACCAAACAUGGCGGGCUCACAUCAUCUACAAGAGCAUGUGCAACAUCAACGUCAAGUAUUUUCCAUUUGAUGAGCAGCAGUGUAAAAUGGUUUUCGCCUCUUGGUCACAUGAUGUGAACACAAUGGACUUGAGAAAAAGGAAAGGUCUGCCUGGAGAAAAAGCUGUAGCUAAAAAAGAUAGAGGAUCCGACGUGUUCCAGGAAAACGAGGAAUGGACGGUGGAAUGGAUUACCAUCGAUAGGCACGAGGUUCGUUAAAACUGAUAAAUUAUAACUUCCUUGCAAAUUUUAUGAUACAUUAUAAAAUACUUCAAAGGGUAGGAGGUUGUUCGAAGGUCAAUUAGCAUUAACCCAGGGUUAAAUUUUUAAUCCGGGUUUUUUCUUUCCUUUGUUCAAAAACUUUUUGAGUGAUUUUCUCUAUUCUUUUAAGAUCAUCCAAUAAUCAAGUUCUAAAAAAAACGAAAUAUACUGAGUUUUCUUGUAAAGUUUUCAGAUCUGUGACUAGAUUUCACACUUACCCUGGGUUAUCUUAACUCAGCUUUGAACAACCAGGCCCGAUUUAUGUGAUGUCAUUCGCAACAAUCAAGACAUAUAGAGAUAAAUCAGAAAUUUUCAUUUUUUUUUUUCAAAUUCCUACCAAUAACUUGAUUUUGGAGGGAAAAGGUUGGUAAUGUUCCCACUACCAACCUUGUUAAUGAAAUAUCUCUGAUAACAAUAAACACCACACAGUCACCAAACGUAACUCUAUCAAGUCUUUGAAAAUUGAUAUAGUUUAAGAACAAAAUUAUGAUAUCUAGGUUGGGAGAGAAACUUUCAUCGUUUGAGGUACCGGUGAUUGCAAUAACAUUUUAAAUCUAAAUUUGUUGUGAACUGCGAGAAACGUACAUGCCUAAAAAUUUCGUCAAGCUACAGCAGUAGCUUGACAAAACACGGUAAGCUUUCUCUCCAUCUUGGUAUCAAGCUCUUACAGAAUUCUUUGCUUAAUCAAGUGUGAAACUGUUUCACUUGAUUUCUGAGGCGACCCAUAGUAAGUUCAAGUUAUUCUUCUUUCGACAGAAAGAAAACGACUGCUGCGAUUUACCCGUCGCCGAUUUGACCGUCACGAUGCUACUGCGCAGACGCACCUACUAUUACGUAAUGAGCCUUAUCUUGCCCUGUACUCUCAUAGCUUGCACCAUCUUCCUAGAGUUUAUUCUUCCAGCAGAGUCGGGAGAACGAGUGGGCCUUGGUAUUACUAUCCUUUUAUCGAUGGCCGUGUUCCAAGAACUGACCUCUGAGAAGCUUCCCUCAAGCUCUGAACACUUCCCUCUGUUAGGUGAGUGCAAGGGACCAGGAGCCGUAUGUUAAGUGACAAGGGAAUAAAAUAUUCUCUCGCAUAUGAUAAUAUAACAAAAGGGAAUGUUCCUAAAUGCCAAUAAAACACUAGUUUUGGCUCUCCCCCCCUUCAAAGAUACACUUUGUUAAGAAAAAGUUGUAAAUAAUAAUAAUAAUAAUAAUAAUAAUAGACAACCGUGCAUGUCCCUAAAUACAGGUAAGGACCCCUUCUGUAGUAAAUCUCGCUAACGCUUCUGUUAAUACCUGUUUGAUUUGCCUUUAUCUAGCUAUGUACUACUCAGUGUCCAUCAUGGAGAUAGGUACAGCACUCGGCGCUACCUGCAUCAUUCUAAAUUUUCACCACCGAAACACAAAGAUGCCGAGUUGGUUCCAAAAGAUCGUGCUUGAAUGGCUGGCCAAGAUCGUGCGAUAUGAGCCCACCUACAACCGGCAUCCGGCCAGCGGUGACGCUUUAAAUGACAGCACGCAAAAGAUAAUGCAAUCAAACACAACUAGUGACAGGAAAAGAAACGACGCUUUUGAUUUGGAAAGAGAAUCAAUCGAGUAUGAAAUGGACCUUUUCGAGGAGGCUCGCGUGGGACGUGACCAAGUGCCUUUGGCCCAAAAUGGGAACAUUUCAACGAAUCACGUCACCAGGAAGCGCUCGGUCAAACGCAAACCGCAGGACUCUGAAACCGAGACUACGGAGGUACAGAUAUCGGAGGCGAAGUUUCCUUUGUAUGACUUCAACAAGGAAGAAUUUUACAAAAAGCAAUGGCAGGAUGCGGCCAGGAUCUUAGAUCGAGUUUUGCUGUUAGCGUCGGUUGUGAUUGGGUCUGUUUCAGCAAUGAGUAUUUUCUUGCAAUCUCCUCGGAUCAGAGAACUGUUUAUUCCGUGA